GAGGGCAUCAGUGCGCAGGCGCGGCUCCGCUUCCCCGCCCCCCCCCACUCGGGACCCCCCCCCCCUUCCUGGUGCCGGUUCCCGCUGUCCUCAGUUCGCGUGGCCGAGCCCCGGGAAGCUUGUGCGGGUGUGUAGGGUCUGAGAGUGGGGGGGCUGCGCGUGCACGAGGGUGUCGGCGAGUACGAGCUGUGCAGAAGUGGAACAGCCCGCGUGGCGCGGGGCCCGGAACCGUGGGACCGGCCCCGGGUGCCUGCGCUGCGCUGGGGGAGGGGCCGGCGCUGGCUAUCCCGGGAGUCGGCCUGGGGAGCCCCGAGAGGGAGCCUCCCCCGCCCCCAGGGUUGCGCGGGCACGGCCUCUGGCGGCGUGCGUCGGGGGGAGGGGCCAGGGCAGGGAGCAGCCCCUCCCACUCUCCCCGGGAGCUCCCUUCUGCCCAGCACUAACUCCCGGGCGGGCGGGUGCCGCCGCAGCUCCCUAAGUGCCGCUCGUUCCGCCAGCCCCCAUUGGCCGGAGGACAGUCUGGGCUCCCUGCCCGGCUCUGCCCCUUGCUUGGCCUCUUUCCCUCCCGGGGGUCCGGGGCGUCGGUCCGUGUGUGACCCAGACCGGGCUCCGCUUUCGGGGGCUCCCCCCCCCAGACUCCCGGGGCUGCUCCUCCUCAAGUGCAGUCUCAGGGGCGCGCCCGAGUUCCCGGGGCGUCGUCCCCACCGGGGGUCACGGCUGCCUGACCUGCGCGCCCCUUCCUGGCAGCAGGGGAAGGCGAGCGCCGGCCCGGGGGGCCCUGAGGCUCUGCCUGGUCUCAGUCCGCCGGGGGCCCCGGUCUCUGUAAGGCGCUGGGCCAGGGACAUGAGCUUGGGGAGAAGCAAGUCGUCCUCCUGCUCAGAGCCAGGUCAUUCCCAGGCCUGACCCUCCCUGCCACCCUCCCGGGGGGCGCCGCUCCCCAUUGUCCUGCCCUGACAUCUCUCUCGUUGUGGGCAGGUCCGCAUCCAGCCUGCGCCCAGGAGCCUCAGAGCCGGCCUCCCUCCCUGGGCUCCCCCCCCCCCCCCCCCGGCCCGGCCGAGCACCCUCGCCCGGAACCAGAGACAUGGCCCCCGGCAGCCGGAGCCCCCCGUCCCAGGAGUUGGUGACAUUCAGGGACAUUAUUGUGGACUUCACCGAGGAGGAGUGGGGGCUCCUGGACCCUUCUCAGAAGGAGCUGUACAAGGAGGUCAUGCUGGAGAGUGUCCAGAACCUGCUGUCCCUGGAUGAAGAGACCAGAGUCCAAGUAAAUGAGUUGACUAGAAAGCUGGGGACUUUUGUGGAAGAAUGUGACCUGCAGAGAGUCAUGAGUGAUGGUCCCUGUGACUUCAAGUUGAGAGAAAUCCAUGAGUCUAAUAUCAAGGAGUUGGUGAUGUUCAGGGACAUUAUAGUGGACUUCACCCAGGAGGAGUGGGGGCUCUUGGACCCUUCUCAGAAGGAGCUCUACAAAGAGGUCAUGCUGGAGAGUGCUCAGAACCUGCUAUCCCUGGUUGUAGAGCCCAAGUUUGAAGUAAAUGAGAUGAGGAGAAAGCUGGGACUUUUUGUGGAAGAACAUGACCUGAGGAGAUUCACGAAGGAGGGUCCCUGUGCCUUCACUUUGAGGGAAAUCCUUGACUCUAACGUCCAAGUAAAUAGUCCAAAGAGCGACGAUGCGUUGGAUGAAACUGGAAAGAGGUUCAAGCAAUCUCCACUGCUCAGUCAAUGUAAGAAAAUGGUCUCCAGGAACAAGUGUCUUCAGCACUGGUCAAGCAACCAAAGCUUCACCGCACAGGGAGAGCUUCUUCAGCCCCAGGAGAAGCCUCCCCAAGUGCAGACCUACUCAGAGAGCCAAUGGCAAGUGGCCUUGAGCCGUGAUUUAGACUUCCUUAGACCUCAGGAAAGUGAUGCUGAGGAAAUGCUUUGGGGGAGGGAUGCAGGUGGGAGGGCCCUUGUUACUCAUCAGCCCAUCCCCCAGAGAAAGCCACCUGAGGGGGAGCACAAGUGUGAGGCAGCCCCCUGCCAAUACUCAGCCCCUCCUGGCUGUCCUCUCAGGAAGAGACAGGAGUCUCAAGCGGGUGGGAAGGAUGCUGGCUGGGACCAGGAACCUGGCAGGCCUUCACGGACUUACCCUGGAGGGCUCUACAAGGUUGUCGGCCCUGAAAAGCCCUUCUGGGGCAGACUCCGUGAGCAUCAGAGAGUCCACACUGAAAAAAAGCCCUUUGGGUGUUAUCAGUGUGGAAAGAGUUUCACACGGAGCUCCAAUCUUGCCAGACACUGUAGAAUCCACACUGGAGAGAAACCUUUUGAUUGUGGCCAGUGUGGAAAGACUUUCGCCCAAAGGUCAAAUUUUGCUGAACACCAGAAAAUCCACACUGGAGAGAAACCGUUUGAAUGCAAUCAAUGUGGAAAGACUUUCACUAGGAGCACGCAUCUUUCUACACACCAGAGAAUCCACACGGGAGAGAAACCUUUCAAUUGUAAUCAGUGUGGAAAGACUUUCACACAGAGCUCCCACCUUGCAGAACAUCAGAGAAUCCACACAGGAGAGAAACCUUUUGAAUGUAAUCAGUGUGAAAAGACUUUCAGAAAGAGGUCCAAUCUUGUUAAACAUCAGAGGAUCCACAUUGGAGAGAAAGUUUUUGAUUGUAAUCAGUGUGGAAAGGCUUUCAGAAGGAGUUCCCAUCUUGUUAAACACCAGAGAAUCCACUCUGAAGAAAAACCUUUCGAUUGCAAUCAGUGUGGAAAGACUUUCGGAAGGAAGUGUCAUCUUGCUACACACCAGAGAAUUCACACUGGAGAGAAGCCUUUUGAAUGCAAUGAGUGUGGAAAGACUUUCACACAGAGUUCCCAUCUUGCUCAACAUCAGAAAAUCCACACUGGAGAGAAACCUUUUGCUUGUAAUCAGUGUGGAAAGGCUUUCAGAAAUAGGUCCAAUCUUGCUAAACAUCAGAGAAUCCACAGUGGAGAGAAAACUUAGGAAUGUAAUGAAUAUG